AUGGACGGCGACUUCUUGCUGGCGCUGCGGCUGCAGGAGGAGUGGGAGGCGGAGGAUGGCGGCCCGGCUCAGGUGGUGGCAGCAGGGGUGGUGGCAGCAGCGGCGACCGCCAGGCCUUCUGCUUCUCCUCCGCCGCCGCGGCCGCUGUCUGUGGUGGACGAAGCCUGGGAGCUGCUGGACCCCAGCCCGGACGUGCGGGGCCUCUUCAUGGAGUUCAACGAGUCCCUUUUCUGGGGGCGCCUGGCCGCCGUGGAGGUGAAGUGGAGCCCGCGGAUGACCCUGUGUGCCGGGCUUUGCUGCUAUGAAGGGCGAGGUGGAAUGUGCUCCAUCCGACUCAGCGAGCCACUCUUAAAGUUACGGCCAAGGAAAGAUCUUGUAGAGACUCUCUUGCAUGAAAUGAUUCAUGCCUUGUUGUUUGUCACUCACAAUAACAAAGAUCACGAUUCCCAUGGCCCAGAGUUCUGCAAACACAUGAAUCGAAUCAAUCACUUAACUGGUGCCAAUAUUACGAUCUACCAUGAGUUUAAUGAGGAGGUGGAUUCUUAUCGUCAGCAUUGGUGGCGAUGUAAUGGUCCCUGUCAAAGUAGAAAACCAUAUUUCGGAUAUGUGAAGCGUGCAAUGAAUAGGGCGCCAUCUGCCAAUGACCUCUGGUGGUCUGAACACCAACAGACCUGCGGGGGGACAUUCACUAAAAUCAAAGAGCCAGAGAACUAUUCAAAGAAAGGCACAGAGAAAAACCAAGGAAAACUCCCAGCUGAUGACAAAGGAAAAGCUCGUGGAGUUGGUAAACAAAGCGUAAUUCCUUUUAGCGGAAAAGGAUUUGUGCUUGGGGUAAGAAGUGGAGAAUCAUCGUUACAGAGAACCACAAGUCCCAACAGGGAGCUGUUCAGUUCACAGCAACAUUCAUCACCUGGCUUGAAAGGACCAAAUCCUAAAAAAGAAAUAGAAUUUGAACCAAGUGUUUCCUGUAUAGACACUGGCCGUACACUUUAUUGCAGCGAAAAAAAUAAUCAUGUUUCCACCAUCAAACUUCCUAAAGUAUCGGUUGCUAAUACAAAAGCAUAUAUUAAUGUUAAUGGCUCGCCAAUCAGGAAAACUUCUUUUAAUGCUGGGAGAUCAAGUUUAUUCGCAACAAAUGCAAAGUACAUUUCUCCGCCUUUUAAGGAGACGCAGAAAAGAACACUUCCUGAAGCAACUGUAUCAACUCCAGGACGUCAGACCACAUCUCAAGGAAAUAGUAGCAUGCAUGCUUAUAGAGUGCCCCCAAAACAGGCAAAAAUGGAAGACAAAGGUGCAUUUGCAAAUUACUUCAUAAAGAAAUCAGCUCCAGGGCAGACUAGCCCAUCUGUGAAGAGCAAGGCUGAAUCUGCAUCCUAUGACUACUCUGCUACUUGUGCAAGUGAUCCGACAAGAAAAGUUAGUUGCCCUGUCUGCCAUUCUCCGGUUUUGGAAGCUAAAAUUAAUGAGCACUUAGAUUCUUGUCUCUGA